AUGCCAUCAUCUCCCGCCCAUUCACAAACGAAAGUGAACCCCUUUCCCGACUCUUUUGUCUCCAACUACGCGGACGGGUUGAUAGCCUAUUCCCGUCUAAUGGCAGAAUGUAGGAUGCAAGAGCAAGAGACGUUCGCGGACGACACAGAAGACCGUCUCAGGGAGAACCUGCAACGUCUCGCAGAGCUUCGUAAACAAGAGAAAAUUAUCUCCCAGGACGAGCAGUUCUGGGACGACGAGACUGAACGUCUAGAGGCUCUCGUGCGCGAUACCGGCGCUCUUUACCCCCACGAGGCUGCUGCCAUACACCAGGCGCUCGAGGAUCAGAAAGCAUACGACUACAGACUGUCAAGAGAGCGGCGUGUUGCACGGGCGCAUUGGGAGGCCCUCUUGGCGGAGCAUAAGAUGGGGAUGGACCGAAUGAAGGCCGCCUUCGACCUCCUCGACAAAGCAAGAGCCGUGCGGGUCACGGCUUUUUAA